CGCAUUCGCAAUUUAAAAUUUAGAAACUAUCGUGUCAGUUGGCUUGUUUACAAACAUGUAUUGGCUUCACAGGGCAUAAUAAUCUAAAAAAAUUAAAAUUGGCAGAUUGGCCUACGAUGGACAUAAAUAUAAAAAUUAUUGAGGCUGUUCGAAAAUCACCAUGCUUAUAUUGUAGCAGUAAAUUGGAGGAAAGAAACAAACAGUGGAAAAAAUUGGCAGAUGAUUUGGGCAUUGGAGAACAAACAUUGAAACUUCGGUGGCAUUCUAUUUUAAAACGGUACAAUUCCGAUAAGUUCUAUAAAUAUGCUGAUAAAUUACAAUUCAUUCAACGCACCAUUAAAGCUAAAAGUACUGAUAAGUGGCCGGAAUUUGAAAUAAAUGCAGACGAUACAGCAGGCCAUCAAAGAAAUUCAGAAGAGUAUAUGUUUUUGGAAGUUGAUGAAUUUGAUGAAGCUGCUAUUGCGCAUGAUAAAUUUGCAGCCGUAAAGCAUGAAAAGACUGAUAGUGUACCAACAGAAUGCACAGAAGAUGAAUCUUCGCAAGGAUUUGCAACGAAAAGCGAAAGUGCGAACAAACACCACGAAAAAACCAAAGAAAAUUACAACCUUAACCAAGAAGAAAUCAUAGUUCCCGUAAUCAAACAAACAGAUAAAAAAUCGUCUCAAAAAUCACCGAAAAAUAACAUGAGUGUUGAGAAAGAAAUCAAAGAUCAUGUUGUGUCUCCAUUAGAACGUUCCGAAGAUGUAAUAUUUGGAGAGUUGGUAACAGCUAUGUUAAAAGGUAUGAGUGAAGAUAAGAAACGAAAUAUAAAAAAAGAAAUAAUGAACUUGCUACUAACAUGAAUAAAUUCACACAUCUAUAUGUAUGUGUAUAUUACGCA